CUCUCUCUCACCGAAGUAAAAUUCUAACAAGAUAAUAUAUGGGUUUUGUUCUAUUGUCCCAAUAUUUCCAAUCCACACAAAUCCAUUGGUUUUGGAAUUUUCAAAAUUUUGGGUACUUCCCUCACAGAAAAAUGGAAAAAAUAACAUAGAUUUUGAGUUUGGAGUUAUUUUUUCCCCUUCUUGAGGGAGAAGUAAGCUGCAUUUGAUUUCGUUGCUUUUAUUUAAGAUUUUAUUGAAAUGGAGUGUUUUUAUUGAUGGGUUUUGGUUGGAUUUUUCAUAGGCAUUGCCAUUUUUUUUUUGCGGUUUUGGGUGGGUUGGCUUGUAGAGAGAUUUGGUGUUUUUGGGGGUCUUUUAAUGUGUUUCUCUUUUUGAUUUCUGUCUUUGGGUUUUUGGUUUUCUGUUUUUUGGGCUAGUUUUGGGAUUGGAUUUAUUGGGUUUUGGGUAGGGAAGUUGCUGUUUUUGAGGGGUUUUUGAUGGGUUUUUCUGAGUGAUUUCUGUUUUUGGGUUUCUCUCCUCUUUCCCGUUUCUGGUUUUUCUUUGUUUGAUCAGUGGAUGCUAUGUGCUGGGGCCGUGGGGUUUGGAUCUCACCAUUGAUUGUUUGAUCUGUUCCUCAUGCUUGUCCGUUUGGUCUUUUGGGUGUUUUGAUUUUACCUUUGAUUCUUCUUAAUUUGCAAGUUUCUGGGUGUUUUGUGCCUUUGGGUUUGCAUAAUUGCUGUUUGUGCAUUCAUGGGUCUGUAUUUGGAAUUGAAUGCAAGGGAGAGGAUGUUUUUAAGUUAUUUUCAUUUUUCGUUUGUCGGAGUCCGAGGGUGAGAGAAAUGGAUAUAUGGUUUGUUGCGGCAGCUGCUGGUGCUGGAUAUUUAGCCAAGUACUGGAAGAAUGUGGUGAAGGAUAAGGAAGCUUCAUCGGAAUCGGACAUUGGGAAAUCGAGUAAUGAAAAGUCCGAUUUCAUGCCUUUGUUGGAUAAUAAACAGAUUGGUCAGAAGAGAGCAGGUCCUGGAAGAUUGGGCUCCCAUGAUCGGAGCUGGAUUUUUCGAAGGCGUGCCUGCAGGUACUUCGGCCAUGAGUCUUCUUCGAAUGUGGAAGAUACGUCGUGUGUGGAUGUUUCGGGUUCUUUGACAGAUGAAGUCGCUUCUACUAGUGGAGUAGAUGGCGGAACUUUGAGAAAUUCAGGGGAAUGUGAUGAGCGGAAUGCAUUUUCUUUGUUGAGCAUGCCGUCGCCACAGUUUCCUAUGAAGGAAAAUCAUCAAGAGGGUGAGAAUAAGAUCAAUGGAAAUAGUGAUUUUGCUGAUAUAUCUGGUUAUGAAUCGAAUGACCAUGCCAAUGCAUUGCAUUCCGAGUUUUAUCAAAGAAAAUUCAGCGCCGGAUUUGAAUUUGGCAGAGUUAGAAGCUCCCGUAAUGGUAAAUGGCGUCGCAGGUAUUCUUCCAUUAGACCGUUGAGUUCACUGGAGAGCUGUGUUGUUGCUCAGAUGUAUAAAGAGCAUGUUGAAAUGGAAGAGUAUGUUUUCAGUUCACUUCAGACACCGCCAUCUAUGCCAAAGAUGAGACCUUUUAUUAUAACCGAUGGGAACCGUAUAAUCAGCAAGGGAAGUAAUGAUGCUUCGAGUGUGCGGUUUGAUAGUCAGGACCGUUGGUUGCAUGUAGAGGAUAGGGUGAAAUCGAGAGAGAAGGAAAUUAUGAUUGGGAUCCCGCCUCUUUCUAAAGCGGGAUUGAUAGAGCUUCCAAGGAAGCAGGAAAAACAGAAAGGAAAGGUGCAUGGUGGACGAGCAAAUGGUUAUGAUGCAGGCCAUGUUUGUGAAAAAUUACCUUCACAAGGAUCGCCUGAUGGGAUUGGGAUGUACCUGUUUUGUCUUGGGAUUGGCAUUGGUGUUAUGUAUACCACUCUAUCGAAUAAAAGAGAAGUAGACAACUUGAAUGAGUUGUUGAAACAAACCCAAAACCUUGUGCAAGAUUUACACGAGGAGCUAGAGAUGAAAGAUUUGAUGACGGUGAAGGAGCUAGUGAAUGAAGCUUGUGGAUUCGAAGAAAUUAGUGAUCCUUCUGCUGAAAUCAAGGGAUCAAUCAGCCCCCACUCGUAUCCGGCUCAAACUAUAUAUUCCCCUGACCAAGAACCUGAUGAAUCUAUCCCAUCCGAUGAUAACAGGGAGCAUGCUCAGGAGGGAGAGAACUCAGAUUCUAUGAGUAAAAUUGAGGCAGAGCUUGAAGCUGAAUUGGAGAGAUUGGAAAUGAACAUGAAUGCUUCUAGUCUAGAGAGAAGGUUGUCUGAUCUCGGUGAGCUUGAUCCGGACCUUGUAGCGGAUGUUGUUCAUGGAGAACUGAGAGCAGACAUGAUGAAUGGCGGUACUGACUCUGACAACCAUGAAGAAACGAAUGGCAGCUCCACUGCUCACACGCAGCCUGCCAACUACGCUGUCUCACCCACAGAGCUGAGCCUGCGACUACAUGAGGUCAUCCAGUUGAGGCUAGAGGAACGGAUCUCAGAGCUCGAAUCAGCACUCCAAGACAGCCAGAAGCGGCUGCGCUUCGUGGAAGCCGAGUGGAUGAACUCUCAGAGGGGCUUAUCGAACAGUGAUGUAGGAUCUCCAUCCACCCAAGAGAGCCUGACCAUGAUCGAACACGGCGAUGCCAUGGCCCACCCCUUGUUUCUCAAUCUAUCAGGGGACGCGCUGAAUGCAUACAAUGAGGCUUACAUGGAGUUCAUGGGGAUAGAGACGGAUGAAGAGCGGUCACUGUCCAUGAUCAAUGGAAGUAGGGAGAUCAAUGGUGGGCACGAUCCAGCGGGUCAGAUUGGUGGGGCACGAAAUGGGUCAUUGCCAUAUCUUGAAAUAAGUCAGAGGGAGCCAGUCAACAUUGAAGUGAGCGAAGAUGAGGACAACAACAACGACGAUGAAAUCGGUAAGCUGUUGAUUAAGCAAAUUGUAGAGAAAACAAGGCAAGGUUCACCAGUUGUCCUAAAUGCUCAAAGAAUGCUAUUUUCAAUGGAUGAACAGCUACCAUUUGAAUGAAUUUCUUUUAUUUUUUGCCAUAG